AUCUCUGACUCAAAUUUUCCUUCCUCUCUCUUGAUCCGAACCGGCGUUUGCUGUAUUCUUCGUCUUCUUCUCUGUUUCAGCCAUUCUCUUCAUAUCAGAGAGAGAGAGAGAGAGAGAGAGAGAGAGGGCGGAGGGAGGGAGAGAGAUCAGAAGAAGAAGAGACGAUACGAAUCCGUGAGAAGGAAUAACAGAAGAGAAUCGAAACUGCAGAGGAAGGGGCGUUUACAUAUGUAUAUAUACAUUUAUACGUAUAUGCAAUACAAUAUAUACGUUUAUUUGCAUACGAAGCUCUGAGUUCUUCGAUUGCCAAGAGUUGACGGGGAAACAGACAAGGGAUCGAAAUCCUGGGUUCUGGUUCUGGUGGCGGAAAUACGGAGAGUCGCGCGUUGUGUGGGGAUCUGGUUUUGUCGAAAUCUCGGGUCUCCAUCUGUUCAAGUUGGCCUGUUGAAUUCUCUCAUUUCAGCUGAAAGAACUUUAUCCCCUUAGUGUAGGUAGUAGGUAAAAAAAUAUAAAAAAAAAUUGAGAUUGAGGUGUAAAGGUAUAGUUUUGAUGAGAUGAAGGCGGUAAAGGGAUGGCGUCUAGGCAGUUUAGGCGAUAUCCAGUCUUUGCCAGGGGCUCGCCAUCGUGCUCAUACAAGGAGGCCAGUAUGGAUCAUUGUGGUGCUUUCACUGAUCAGCAUGCUCUUGAUCUGUGCUUAUAUGUACCCUCAUCACAGUAAAGCUGCAUGUUAUAUGAUCUCCUCGAAAGGAUGCAAGGCAUUAGCUGAUUGGCUUCCGCCUUCUCCGAGAGAAUAUACCGAUGAGGAGAUAUCAGCCCGUGUAGUGAUUAGGGAAAUUUUGGAUUCACCCCCGGUUAAAAGGAGAAACUCUAAGAUUGCAUUCAUGUUCUUAACUCCUGGUUCAUUGCCUUUUGAGAAGCUGUGGGAUCGAUUUUUCCAGGGUCAUGAAGGAAAAUUCUCCAUUUACAUCCAUGCUUCAAAGGAAAGACCAAGUCAUGUCAGUCCCUACUUUGUUGACCGUGAAAUUCGCAGUGAUGAGGUGGUCUGGGGAGGAAUAUCGAUGAUUGAUGCCGAGAGACGAUUGUUAGCAAAUGCUCUCAGAGAUCCUGAGAACCAGCAAUUUGUUUUGCUUUCUGACAGUUGUGUACCGUUACGCAGUUUCGAAUACAUUUACAACUAUCUGAUGUAUACCAAUAUCAGCUUUGUUGACUGCUUUGAUGAUCCAGGUCCACAUGGAUCGGGCAGGCAUAUGGAUCACAUGUUGCCAGAAAUUCCAAAGAAGGAUUUCCGAAAGGGUGCACAGUGGUUCACCAUGAAGCGACAACACGCCGUGGUAAUCAUGGCUGAUAGUCUUUACUAUUCGAAAUUCCGAGACUACUGCCGGCCAGGUGUAGAGGGCAACAAGAACUGCAUAGCUGAUGAGCAUUACUUGCCUACCUUCUUCCAUAUGCUCGAUCCCGGAGGCAUUUCUAACUGGACUGUAACACAUGUUGAUUGGUCCGAGAGAAAGUGGCAUCCUAAAACAUACUUGCCUGAGGAUAUUACCCCCAAGUUCUUGAAGAAUCUCACGUCCAUCGAUACAUACUUGCAUGUAACAAGCCUCGGGAAGGGAGAAGAAACAUACUCGCCUUGCUUGUGGAAUGGCAUCAAGAGACCAUGCUACUUGUUUGGAAGGAAAUUCCACCCGAAAACGCUCGACAAACUGUUGGAUCUCUUCGCCAAUUACACAAGCAUCGCUUAGGGUUUACACUUUACAUCAUGUGUUUGAGAUAUUUCCCGAUAUGAAUUCUUUUGACCGAGAUGCAGUUACCCCAAAUCCCGGGUGAAUUCAGUUACCUUGAGGAGUGUUCAGAGCCCUUUCAGAGCUGCAUACUGCAGAAAGUCUCUCUCUCGACCAGAAACUUACUUUCAGACAAGACAAGUGACUCAGAGGCUAUACAAAGGCUUUUCAUAUGUCGUGUGUGCUUCACAUUUGCUUUUGGGAUGUAGGGGUUUUUAACGAUAUUAACUGCUAUAAUGGCCAUUUCUUUUCUCAUAUUUUUCAUUUGCUCUCAUCAUCAGUGUUAGAGAAUUUCCAUGUGCCUUCA